AUGGCUUCGGAACUGAAAGCGAGCGUACCCAUUGUGACGAGGUGGAGAGAGAAUGUUAAGGAUCUCACUGCGGGAGCGGCUGGUGGUGUCGCUCAGGUUUUGAUCGAUUUGGUUAAAGUCCGGCUACAAACACAAGAUGGGGGCAAUGCUUUGUCGACCGCUCGCAACAUCUGGGCGAAAGAAGGGCCGUUGGCGUUUUAUAAUGGCUCUCUCAUGCCAUUAUUAGGCAUUGGAGCAUGCGUCAGCGUCCAAUUUAGCUCCUUCCACAGCUUCCGACAAGACAUCGAGUCCCACAACAGAGAUAACCACCCAGAACACACCCCAACCCUAUCCCUAACCCAAUUUUACCUCGCCGGCGCAGGAGCCGGAGUAGCCACCAGCAUCCUAUCUGGCCCAGUAGAACACAUUCGCAUCCGUCUCCAAACACAACCCCACGGCACCGCAGGAAUCUACAACGGACCCUGGGACUGCACUCGAAAGAUCAUCCGGACAGCCGAAAUCCCCGGCAUCUACCGCGGCCAGGCAGUAACCCUCCUCCGGGAAAUUCACAGCUACAGACAGCAAAAGAAACGCGAAGAGUUCCCUAACUGGCAAAUUGCCUUAUGUGGAGGCCUUGCCGGUGAGGCGCUCUGGUUAUUGAGCCAUCCAUUGGAUGUGAUCAAGAGCAAGAUGCAGAGCGAUGGAUUUGGGCCCGACAAAAAAUACCGCAACGUGCAAGGCGCUUUUCGGCAAACUUGGGUCACGGGGGGUGUUAGGGGACUGUUUUACGGUCUCGGACCGGCUCUUCUUCGAGCUAUGCCUGUGAGCGCGGGCACUUUUGCUACGUAA